AGCGCCCUAUUGAAGAGCAUUGUGUGUAUCUCAGUGUCAGCUUAUCUCUGGGCUCUCAGUCACACAAUGAGUAAGGAGAAAGCCCACACUCACCCAGAGGAAGGGGCAAUCAGUGUCCACAUUGUCCGCGCCAGCCAAUCAGUGCGCCCGUGAGCCCCAGUCAGCGCGAGCUGCUCUCUAUCCCGCACCGUGAUUGGCUGAGACGAUGUUACAUUGAAUCGGUCCCAGAGUCGCCCCGCAAUGCAGAGCAGCGGAGGACAGGCACGGUGAUCGGGGCAUGUGUGUGUGCCCGGCAGAGGAGUCCUACCACCAUCACCAUGGCCAGCUUCGCCUUAACCAUCGUCAGACAUGGGGAAACACGCUACAACAAAGAAAAACUACUGCAAGGUCAGGGUGUGGAUGCGCCUCUCUCUGAAAUUGGCUUCAAGCAAGCCGAAGCUGCUGGCAGAUUCCUUAGCGGUGUGAAAUUUACUCAUGUCUUCUCCAGUGACUUGGUUCGGGCAAAGCAGACGGCCUGUACCAUCAUGAAGAAUAACCUGCACAGCGAGGGCAUUGAAAUUAAAUAUGACCCCAGACUACGGGAGAGGAAAUAUGGUAUAGCAGAGGGAAGACCUCUAGGUGAGCUGAAAACUAUGGCAAAGAAGUCAGGGGAGCAGUGUCCUUCAUACACCCCUCCAGGGGGAGAGACCUUGGACCAGGUUAGAGCCCGUGCCAAAGAAUUCUUUGAGUUUCUCUGCCACCUGGUGUUGGACGGAGCAAGUGCCACAGACCAGUCGGGACUCGGUGCUGCGGGCAGAGAAAGGAUGGUAAAUUUUGACCUUACCCCCUUCGCUAACCAAGAUGGCAUGCGUACGCCUGAAUCCCCCGAUAGCAGUGAUGUCACGCUGGACGCUAACAUCCUAUUGGUGAGCCACGGUGCGUACAUGAGAAACUGGAUCAAGUACUUUGUUGAAGAUCUCCUCUUUACAUUUCCUCCUGACCUAAAGAAAUCGCGAGAACUCUCCGUCAGUCCCAAUACGGGAAUCAGCCACUUUAUUAUCAGCCUGAAGCCGGGAGAGAUCACUAUGCCUGACAUACGCUGCAUUUGUAUCAAUCGUCAUGAUCACCUUGUGGAUAUUAUUGCAGAUACCAGCCACUACGUUGUAUGAUAUGUCCAAACUCCAUUUUCCUUCACAUCCAUGUGCCCUGGGGCAUGCUGGGAGCCGUAGACUCGCAGCAUGGCCAGGUAUGCAUUCUACUAUUGCCUGAUGCUUCUAUUUAAAAAAAGAAACGAAUAACGGUUUUUAAUAUUUAUUCUGUUAGUGUGUACGACCUCUUUUGAGGGCUUCCUUUAUUUUUUAACAUAAAAUAAGAGUUUGGACCUUAAAGAACAGAGCAUCACAUAAAAAAGUUCAGAAGGACUACUUAAACAGACUCCUUUUACUGUAAUUUUCGGGACUGUAAUAUAGUUUACCUGUCAUCUGUACACUAUAUAUAUUUUUUGAGGCAGAUGAGCAGUAUUCAGGAAUAUAUUUCCUGUAGUGUGUCUUCCCUCCCCUCCCCCCAACUUGCAAAACCAGGGCCAAGAGUACCUGGUGGGAGGUGCACAAGCCAUAAUGCAUUUGCAGUGCUGGAAACUUGGUGAACACAGAUCACUGCCCUGGCACAGUCUCUGUCAAUGAGUGGGGCAGGGUGGGUAGUACCUCAUGGGUGGGUACAUGAAUAAGAGAGCCCUGCAGGGGGCAUAUUGAAAGAUAAAUAUGGUCUCCCCCAUACCUUUCUGUCACUCAUGUCCAGAGUAGCAGGUAAUAACUGGUAUAUAAGAAAAGCUACGUGCCCCUGUAUAAAUUGAUUGGCUUUCCCUUUAUGGGUAGCUAUGCCUGAGCAAUAUUCAUAUUUAUAUAUUACAGGUAGUGCAGACACAGCACUUUACAUACUGUACAUUCACAUCAGUCCCUGCCCUCAAGGAGCUUAUAAUCUAAGGUACUAUCUCGCAUGCAUACAUACGGUAUAUGCACACACAUACUAGGGCUAAUUUAGACUGGAACCAGUUAUUCUACCAGCAUGUCUUUGGAAAGAAACUGGUAUACCCAGAGGAAACCUACACAAGCACUAGGAGACCAUACAAACUAUAUGUAUAUAGUAUUCUGACUAGGAUAUGAACUGAGGACCCCGGUGCUGCAGGGCUGGAGUGUCAACCGCUACUGCCUUUGCCGAAAUGUAUAUAUGUUUUUUUUCUUAUCUCUUGAAUAAAUAACAGUGAAAAUGCU